GUGAGCUACGACUACAGUACAAAUGUAGGUUUCAUCAAUCUGAAAAGGCGUUAUCGUGGAAGCCUCGAGCAGAAACUACUUCCCUUUCAUGUCCACUGGUUCAUCUGUGAUGCUCAAGACCGGCACGCGUCUCAUGGAAGCCUAGAUGGGAAGUCCAGUCCAAUCCAAUCCGUUUCCUGAGACCCUGCCUACAGACGUCGAAAAUCAACUCAACUAUCAACACCAGAUAUCCUGCUCUACGUACCUUGCUUCUGGUGGAUUACUUCUGCUAUCGCCUUUCAAACCAUCGCGUUCGCCUACCGCGCAGUCAUGUUGAAUAAAGCCGGACGCGCCAAACUGGCCAAGGAGACGGUGAAUACCUUGAUACCACAUAUCCUGAAGACAAACUCUCGUGCCCAUGAAGGCGCCAAUAGCUCAGAGCUAGUCUCCUAUUCUCUCCUCGACACUUCCAGACUGCGAGAUUCUCCAGCAUCGACAAAACAUACGAAAUCACCCACCUCAACAUCUCAGCAAACCGUCAAGGACGUCUCGAAUGACAUGGAGGAGACACAACUGGCUGAAUCGCCAACACCAGUAUCAGCUACAUCGUCCACCCACCCGAGAACUCGCGUAGUCCAGUCUGACACUUACGAUGCCGUCAAGGACCUGCUUGCCGAAGACACAAGCUCCAAAGAUCCCCCUCGUGUUGGAACUCUUAACAUGGCCUCGAGCUACUCUCCCGGUGGAGGAUUCAUGAAUGGUGCCCUUGCCCAGGAAGAAGCUCUUUGUGUGCGUUCAACUCUCUACUACUCACUCAAGCCAUCUUACUACCGCAUCCCAGAACUAUCUGCCAUCUACAGCCCAGAUGUCCUCGUCUUCCGAGGCUCAGAUAUGAAGGACUUACCCAAAUCAGAAUGGUUCUUCACGGAUGUGAUCUCGGUGGCCGCUUUGAAGCAACCUGAACUGAAGUGGAAUCUUGAUCGGACGAGAUUGAUCUAUGAGUAUCCGCAGGACAAGGAUCUUAUGUUGGAGAAAAUCAGGUUGAUCUUUCAAGUUAUGGCAGAGAAGGGAAUCAAAAGAAUUGUGGCUGGGGCACUGGGAUGCGGAGCAUAUCGUAAUCCACCGGAGGAAGUCGCCAAGAUGUUCAGAAACGUACUUCUUGGGGACAAGAAGAGAAAGGGUGUGGAAGGUAUCGACGAGGUUAUCUUCGCGAUAUUUGACGAUGGUCCGAAUCUGAAAGCCUUCAGAGAGGUGUUCCCGGACGGAGAAAAUGAUGGCGCAUGAGUUGUACUAUAUUCUCACUAGGAUGAUAGGUAGAAUGUUACUUCUUUCCGUG